AUGGUCAACCGCGGACGCUCCGGAGGCUGCGUGACGUGCAAGGAACGCCGCGUGAAAUGCGAUGAGGCGAAGUCCGAGUGCCGAGCGUGCCGGCGCCUUGGGCUUCGCUGCGGAGGCUACAACAGGCCCAAGUAUGCCAGUUUAAAGUUCAAAAACCAGAACUACAAGUUCUGCACCAACACCGACCAAGAUGUCGAUUCCCACGGCCGGAGUGUCGUGAAGGCUGCGUCUAGACCGAGUCGGUCAUCUGAGUCUGAUGUUCAGGGCCGGGAGCUUGCGAAGGAUUUGACUUCGCGGCGGCUCUCUGAGCCCGACACCGCCGUGCCUUUUUUUCUCGGUCAUUACGCCAGCAUGGGCCGCGAUAUGGGAUCCACGCGCGGGUUCUUCGAAAUGCUCAUUCCAGCCUACCUCUUGCAGCGGCAAGAAUCGGCGCUCUCGCUCGCCGUGUCGGCGUUGGCUUCAGAGGUUUUGUCCUUGUGGCGGCAAGACGCCAGCAGCUUCCGAUCACCACGAAAGUCUUAUUCCCGGGCGAUCGCACGCCUUCGGACCGCAACACAGGAUCCUGUAGAACGUGGCAAGCCGGCAAUUGUGUUAGCUGUGCUGGUGCUGCAAACUUACGAGAAUGCCUCUGCGAUAUAUGAUCUUCGCCGGGCUUCGAGCACGCACCACAAUGGCGCAGCGUCUUUGCUCUCGCUUGUGGACUCGGACGACAUGGACGGGACGAUACGCGCCUACCUACAAAAGUUUAUGCUACAUACCGAGGUCUCAACCGCGAUGCGUCAGAAGAAACCACUGAAAAGUAUUACAUAUUCGUGGAUUAGGAGCAAGGAUACGAUGGCUGUGCCAGACAACCCCAGCUCGACACUCGAUGCCAUAGGGGCGUCCGUUGCCGAGUUGCAGGCCAGCUACACGCAGUUUUUGACGCAGCGUGGCUCCACGACGUCGUUGGAGCGCAUUAUGAAAGAGUGGAGGGCCGAGGCAAGGAGGGUUGAUGCAGAGCUUCUGGCGUGGGCGGCAAACGCACCGGAUCACUGGAGACCGCUAAGGCUGAUAAGUGAUCGGGAUAUAGAUUCGUCCAUACCCACCUACCAGUCUAUCUGUGAUGUGUAUCCUUCCUGCCAAAUCGCCAGCAUUUGGAAUCUCUGGCGCUUCCAACGCCUCCUGCUGGCCAAGAUCACACUCGGCUCCCUCAAUGCAUUUUCAGAUCUGAGCCGCUUUGGUUUCGCACACGGGCAAUUCCUCGGCGACCCCACAGAUUUCGCCAACUGCCAACAAACGCUGCAAGAAGUGGUCGACAGCGUGUGCUACAGCAUACCUUUCUACCUUGGCAACCGAACCACCCGGUCCAGUCUCACAGAUUUCACUGACCCGACGGUUCUUCUUCCCAGCCACUGCUCAUUGGACGACGGGACGCGACUGGACAGGGAUGGUCUCGAUACGGGAAUAUCGAGUGACGACCACAGGCGCCAUGUCAUCGCGCAGGGGCCAUGGCGCGCCAUGCACCCUCUGAGCCGCUUGUUGACGCUCGUCUCGGAAGAUCACGGCGAGGUAAUAGCGAGCUUUCUUAGGCCUGGACAGCGGGUGUGGAUCCGGGACCAGUUCCUGCGUGUCGCCACGUUGCUGCAUCUUCCGUCGGAGUUGGGCAAUGACAUGGAGAGAUCAGAAUCGCCGGAAGGGUCUGCAGAUUCCAAGGCGGAGUGUCUGGCCAGGGGGAUUAGGAAGGGCGCAAUUCUUAUGAGUGGCCCAUGA